UUAUUAAUGAAUAACAGUGGGAAAUAGGGGGUAAACAUGUCCCUUUGGGUAUAUAAAGUGGGACAGCAGACGCUCAUCAGUACAGAAGACCAGAGAGGCACCAUGUACACCUUCUUCAUUCUUCUGCUCACCAUCUGGCAGACUCAGGCUGUCACUUUGACGCAGAGUUUGAUCUCUGAAUCUGGAUCUGGAUUCCUGGAUGAGAAUGGAGUCUGUUACUGCACCGUCAAUCUCCCAAAUACCACCUUCCCGGCUGACCGCUUUGAGAAGCUGGAGAUAGCAAACCGCAACCUGACAAUCACUGUGGAGAAGGAAAUUACUAAGAUCUACAUCUAUCAGAGUACAUUGAUCGUGUACAUAGAGCAACUGAAGAACCUGACCAAACGUGUGGAGAUCAUGGAGAACGGAGGUUACUCCUACACUGAACUGGACUUUGAACUCAUCAAGUUGGAGAUCAAAGAGUUGGAGAUUCUCAUAGUACAGCUGAAAGAGUCAUUUAAUGGCUCCAAUGUCAUCAUAGAGAUUCUCUACCAGGAGAUCCAUAACAUUUCCAUUAUAGUGAACCAGUUGGAAAUCUAUGAUAAGAACAAUGUGCUGGUGAUCAGACGGGAGCUUGAGGCUCUGAAGAAACGCCUGGAGGAUUGUGAGAAAAACAAUACAAAACCAAGCUAUCCUUCCCUUCCUUCACCUGAUAUUGGUACUUGUGUUGAUGGACAAAUGAUCAACAACAUCGGUGAACCAUUUGUAGUUCAACGAAACACGCUUGGAGCCAAUUAUUUGUACGGAGGAUGGGGGAGAGAUUCCCUACCAGGCGCUGAUCAGAAUCUCCAGUGGGUGUCUCCUCUAAAUACUGAUGCAAGGAUUAUGAAUAAUCUGUACUACUACCCUUCAUAUAAUGAUCUCAUGCUUUACACAGGUUCUAAAAGAAGGGCCUUUUCAUCAUCUGAAUAUGGUCAAGGUGGUGGAAUGAUCCUGUACAAUAACUCGUUGUACUAUAACUGCUACAACACUUGGAACAUCUGUAAAUAUGAUUUGACAAAGAAUGUGAUCACCCGAGCGGCUCUCCCUGGUGCCACAUACACAAAUCGGUUCUCCUACUCAUACGCUGAUUGGCAGGAAAUUGACUUCUCAGCUGAUGAAGAGGGGCUUUGGGUCAUUUAUUCAACAGAGCAGAAUGUUGGAAAUAUUGUUAUUAGUAAACUUAAUGAUACUAGUCUUGCAGUCCUGCAGACCUGGCACACCUCCCAUUACAAACCUGUAGUCAGCAAUGCUUUCAUGGUGUGCGGGGUCUUGUAUGCUACGCGAGCCCUCAGCACUACCAAAGAGGAGAUCUUCUACAUGUAUGAUACCAAAACUAACGAGGAAGGGAAGUUGAGUGUCCCAUUCAUUAAGCGAAAGGAGAAAGUACAAAGUCUGUCCUACAAUCCUAAUGAUCACAGGCUCUACAUGUAUAAUGAUGGCUUCCUGGUCCAUUAUGACAUCACUUUCACUUCACUAUCUAAAACAAAAUCUAAAAUUAUACAUUCCAAAAUAAACCCUAUCCAAAUCAAAUAGAUAAACCAAAAUAAAAUGAAUACAAGCUAUUUCAUGUUUUAUGUCAGAUGUUGUAAGACAUCCAUUUUCUUCAAUUAUGAUCACCCCAGACCAAUCAUAAGAAAAAGGUAUCAAUGUGUGAAGAUUUCCAGAUUCUGACACUCCCCUAGAAAAUCAAAAUACAUCAGUUAUUAUUAAAGUGGAUGUAACCCCACUAUCAUCCUUUCUAAACUACUGCCAUAGUGCUGAUUUAUAAGGAUAUACAUGCUGCCUGCAUCUAUCCUUACCUGCCAAAUGUCUGUUAUGAGAACUGAAAAACUGCAGAUUCUGUGGGUGGAUCUGUUGUCCGGAGCUCGGUGGGUGGAGUUGUGAUGUCAG